CUUCUCCAAUGCCCUCCGCCUAAGUGUAUAGCGGGUAGUUGGACGAUGCUCCUGGCCCGGUCCCUUUGCUGCCCUUUCCUCGCAUCAUCGCGAGAGUCGUCAUGGUCUUGAGAAAGUGUACCAUCUGCGAUCGCCGGUUCAAUAAGACAGAGCAUUUCAAGCGUCAUGAGCGUUCACACACCAAAGAACGACCGUAUGAGUGCAAUGUAUGUCACAAACGAUUCUCCAGAAGUGACGUUCUGAGCCGGCAUGCCAAAGGCCAUAUAGCGCAGGCUGCAACAGCCACUGCCAACGGGGCAAUGAACGGGAAACCGUCCGGGACCGAAUCCAUCCCCGAUCAAAGGCCCUCGGCCGUCAAUAUCACCCCGUCGACGGCUAAUCCAAAUGAUGAGACGCCGCGUCUGCUGCCGGGCCUGCCACCGGAGACGCAACGCCUCCCUAAUCUUCCCCCGACUCCGCGGGAUGUGCCAAUAUCUGCCAAUGGGAUGCAAUCGACGUCGUUGGACUUCCUGGCUGACAUCUCAGCCCAUCAUGCCCGUACGGAGUCGGAUAUCAAUCCCAUGAUGAUCGAUGAGCAGCAGCCGUAUUUCGGGUGGAAUGAGGUGACGCCGCUCAAUCCACCGGAACAUGCUUCGCAGCGUGGAGUUGCAUUCGAUGCUAUGCACAACGACAUACUCCAGUUUUGGCUGGAACCCAGGGGAGACAGUGUUUCUCGUCAGGGUUCUCUUGAUUUGAUGAGAGAUACCAACUUCGGGUUGGUUGGGGAAAACCUGGCACUCUCCCCGGAAAGACAUCACCGGCACUCGAUAGACACGACUAAAUCUGGUGACAAUAUCCCAAAUGAGCGGUUCGCCAAAGUCGAACGCUGCUGGCUGGCUCCUUCUAAUACCGUGGGUCGGUUAAUGAACACGUUAUGGCGCGAUAUGGCGCAUAGUGAUCUGGACAAUCUCUUUUCUGUCCACAACUUCCAGCCCUUGGGGCAUUAUUCGGACGGUCCACAGGGGUCAAGACACGGCCUAGAUGAGGAGUGUCGGAUGCAGCUGCAGGCGGUUUUUGGCAUGGCGCCGUCAACACUCUCGCAUAUUAACUCCCCGGGAAACGAAGCUUUAUCUCCAGCAGCGUCAGCUUCCGGUGGCUCUGCGCCUACGUUCCCACCAGCGGAGAUCCUGGACAUGGCAUUGGACCUGUAUUUCCGCCAUUUUCACAGGCUGGUUCCAUUCGUCCAUCUACCGACAUUCUCCGCAAAGAAGGCACGAUUGCCUCUAUUGUUUGUGAUGUGUCUUAUCGGAAUGAUUAUCUUGGGAACAAAGGGGACAACAAGCUUUGUGGCAAGGUCCUUUCCGGUGGUCUUCGAAAAGGUCAGUGCUGAACUAGCCAAAUGCUCUCUGGGCAACGGCAAGCCAGCAGGGAUCAUGACAACGUUUGCGACGGCCUUUCUGUUCCUUAAUCUAGCAGCGAUGACAGGGGAGAAAGAACACUUGGAGCAAUGCCAGAUGCUUUACGUGAACCUUAUGGCGGUCGCUCAAAGACACGGUCUGUUUACAGCCAACGAAGGCCAGAUACUCGACAUGGCCCUGUUUGAAGCGGUGCCUGAUCUUGACAUGCGAUGGAAGGCGUGGAGCCGGGUGGAGUCUGCUAAACGGUUGAUCAUAGGUCUACUGCUUAUUGACUCCUGGUACUCAUCCUUCCUGUCAACCAGCCCUAUUGUGGCGCCAGACUCGGUCCAGAUCAUAUUACCCUGCAAUGAGACGCUUUUCAGGGCAGGCUCGUCAAUCCGGUGGAUGCAGCUGAUUCGUGGUGGGAAGCGCAUUUUAAUGCCCACUGUGACCUCACCGUCUGAAAACACGAGUCUUCCGGUAUUAGAUGCUCCAGUGGACGAUUUCUGUAUGCAGGGGAUACUGGCGAUGCUGCAGCUGCGGUUGUCAGAAGCGUAUCAUCGACUGCUGUCUAACCGCGCGAGCUAUCCCUUUGCCCCAUGUCAUACGUAUGCUAUGGAUGGUCGUGCGAGAUGUUUACCCUCACUGCAGGUCGAAGUCGUUAAAAACUACGAAGAGAUCCUCGAGAGGCUGAAUCCCAACUCCAUCAUCAUGUGGCACUAUAUGUGCAUGAUGCUCUGUGCUGACAUGCAGAUAUUCGAUCUCGCAGCUGGACGUGCCGGGCCUUUGCCUGCACGCAAAGCACUGGACGAUAUUGCAGCUUGGUCUCAGACCACAGCAGCCAGAAGAGCCUGUCUACAUGCGGCACAGAUCUUCAAGUUCAUGACCAACCGCAAAGCGUCGGACGAUACUAUGUUCCACUCGGUAUUUGCGCUCUUCUCCGCUGCACUCGUCCUGGGCCUCUACACCUUCAUGGUGCCCCAUUCAGCGGAGACGCAGGUUGGCGCCACAUCAGUUGAAUUGCUGGAAGAUAUCGACUGGCGGCAAAUUGGUGCUGAGGGUUUUACCAGCUUCAUGGAACCACAGGGGAGCCAGCCAUACGGUACAGCUGACAGUGAAGCCACGAAUUUCAUCCGCAACGGUGGCACGAUAUAUAUUCGUGGAGUCCCACAUCAGGGAGGCUACCAGUCUGCGCGGCGCAUCCUGCUCGACUAUGCGGGACUUCUCAAAGACACUGGGAAGUGGAGCGUGCGGAAAUUCUCCUACGUGCUGCACAUUAUGAGUGAUGUGUUGAUGGAGGUCGAGUAGAUCGCUUACGAAGCUGACACGAUCUGUAUCUGUCUGCUGGAUAUAAGAGUUGACAAAGAAAUAUGUGGCUGCUAUUAGCGCUUG